UGAAGCUAGCAGCAAGGAAAUCUGUCUGAGUCUCCCACACGGGGACAAGGACCCAAGCGCCUGAGCAUCACCUGCAGCAGGUACCUGCAGCAGGUACGCAGCAGCAGCUGCCCUGGGAGCAGAGGCAGGAUUUUGAUAGAGGCUGCCAGCAUCCCCGACAACCUCCCGUGCCUCAAGGACAGCCCUGCCUGCCACUUUUCUACUUUUGAAUUUCUAACAACAACAACAAUAGUUUUCCCCUUCGAAAAUGAUCAGAGCUGCACUUCUCUAGCACUUACUGAGUCACUGAAAAAUAGUAAGACGAAUCUUCACCACAAGCCGUCUGAAGGUGCAGUUACACACGUGUCGGAGAGGACGAAACCAAGAGUCAGGGGUCAGUAACUUGCCGGACGGUGCAGAGACAGUAAGAGCUGGGGAGCAGGCUUGAAAGCUGCACCGGAUUGGAUCCCGGGAGCCUGCUUGGCCUGGAGGUGACCACUCCAUGGCAGCUGGCUGGCCCCGUUCUGGGCCGUGGGGAGUAAAUGGGAAGCAAACUGCUCACUUUCUUGGGAAUCAUGUGCCUCUCGCCCAGGAUCACUGUUUCACACCCACGGAGGGUCUGGCCAUCUGUUUUCUCUGCCAUCCCCCACCCUCCCAGCUCCCCCCGUCCUGUGGUCGGCUGUCCUAAGGAUGUGACAGGGCCUGUCCUUCGGCUGCCUUUCCCAGGUUCUCUGGGUAUUUCCUUUCAGUCUUCCAGCACAUGAGGAAGAAUGCAGCCUGACUCAGGUUCUGCCCAAACCCCGUGGCCCAGGGCCCACCUGGAGAGGGAGAGAGGGUUGCACUGAGAAAUGGAAGUGGCUCUUGUUUGCCUUUCUAAUAAUAACCCUGAACAUUUGCCUCGUGCCAUUAUUUUGGGGAGCGUGGAAUGUGUGGCAGCCACGAGCUCAUUAAGCUUCAUUCACUUCCCUCCAGGGAGGAAGCUGUAGCAGGGUUUCUGCCUCCAUCCCUUUUCUUGAAGAGGGAAAUCGAGGCACCAGGACUUCCCUCAGAGAGCCAGAGAUGGCUAGGGACACUCCGUGAGUCAGUGUCAGGGCCUGGAAUGGAACCCAGGACUCUCCAAUGCCAAGGUCCCACGAUGCGUUGGGCCACCCUACAAGAAUGGGGAAGUGAGGAGGGUGAGGAAGUGGGAUGGGUUAAAGGAGAGUGGUGCUGAGAGAGCAGAGGGAUCAGAGCGUGCAAGCUUCUUGCAGCUGGUAAGACUGGAAUUGGACUAUGUGAGUGCUGGGACUGUAUGUAGGGCUGGCUGGGAGAGCGCUGGAGGAAGGUUAAAUUUAACCUCGGUGUCCUAACCUAGUGCUGGGCAAAGGGUAGGCAAGGGCGUGAAACAACCCGCAGAAGGCUGAGGGGAUACAUGGGAUUGGUCUGUGCCCCUGGGUUCUAGAAGGCCCCUCAUCCUGGGGACCCUCCCCCCCAGGCACUUGCCCACUGUUGGGAAUGGAAUGUCAGUCAGAUGAGGCACUCCUGUGGUGAGAUCUCCUGGGAUGUUGUUUUCCCAGGAGGGAGUAGAGAACGGGAGGCCCUUUGGAGGAGGACCCAGGAGAGCCAGAACCCAGAGGUGCCAUGGCGUCUGACCUGGAGAGCAGCCUCACCUCCAUAGACUGGCUGCCCCAGCUGACCCUCCGAGCCACCAUCGAGAAGCUUGGCUCUGCUUCCCAGGCUGGGCCACCAGGGGGCAGCCGCAAGUGUGCCCCAGGGUCCCCCACGGACCCCAACGCCACCCUGAGCAAAGAUGACGCGGCAGUCCACCAGGACGGUAAACCACGGUACAGUUACGCCACCCUCAUCACCUACGCCAUCAACUCGUCCCCGGCCAAGAAGAUGACCCUGAGUGAGAUCUACCGCUGGAUCUGUGACAACUUCCCCUAUUACAAGAACGCUGGCAUUGGCUGGAAGAACUCAAUUCGGCACAACCUCUCCCUCAACAAGUGUUUCCGGAAGGUGCCCAGACCUCGGGAUGACCCUGGGAAGGGCUCCUACUGGACCAUCGACACCUGCCCUGACAUUUCCCGCAAGAGAAGGCACCCUCCAGAUGAUGAUCUGUCCCAAGACUCACCGGAGCAGGAAGCAAGCAAGAGCCCACGGGGAGGCAUUCCAGGGACCGGGGAAGCCUCACUGCCUCCUGAGGGGAACCCUCAGAUGUCACUGCAGAGCCCCACCUCCAUCGCCAGCUAUAGCCAGGGCACAGGAGCCGUGGAUGGCGGAGCAGUGGCUUCGGGGGCUCCGGGCCGAGAAGGUGCUGAGGGCGCCCCUCCCCUCUAUAACACCAACCACGACUUCAAAUUCUCCUACUCAGAGAUCAACUUUCAGGAUUUAAGUUGGUCCUUCCGCAACCUCUACAAAUCCAUGCUGGAAAGGUCCUCUUCGUCACAGCAUGGCUUUUCGUCUCUCCUGGGGGACAUGCCGCCCUCCAACAACUACUACAUGUACCAGCAGCCACCGUCACAGCAGCAGCAGCAGCCGCCACCACCACCGCCACAGCCGCCUCCCCAGCAGCCCCAGCAACAGCAGGCACCUGCCCAGGGCCCCUCGACUGUGGGAGGCGCCCCUCCACUGCACACCCCAAGCCCAGAGGGCUGUACCCCAUCAGGGGGAAAGCAAGCCGGGGCAGAGGGCUACGGGCCACCCCCUGUGCUGGCCCUGCAUCCACCCCCAGUGCAGCACGGCGGCUACCACCCUCAGCAGCACCAUGCCCACUCCCACCCUACCCAGCAGCCGCCACCUCCACAGCAGCAGGCCCAAGGCCAGGCGCCCAUCAACAGCACUGGCUUUGCCUUUCCUCCUGACUGCUGCUACAGCAUUGACUCCUUAAAGGAAAGCUUCAAGAUGGUGAAUCGGCUCAACUGGUCCAGCAUUGAGCAGUCACAGUUCUCGGAGUUGAUGGAGAGUCUCCGACAGGCAGAACAGAAGAACUGGACCCUCGACCAGCAUCACAUUGCCAAUCUGUGCGACUCCCUCAACCACUUCCUGACUCAGACUGGUCAUGUGCCCCCACAAGGGAGCUCCCACCGGCCACCAGCCCCUGCCCGUAUUGCCGACUCCUGUGCCCUCACCAGUGGCAAACAGGAGCCAGGCAUGAACCAAGUCAACUCCUACGGGCACCCACAAGGCCCCCACCUCUACCCUGGCCCGUCACCAAUGUACCCAAUCUCUACCCAGGACUCAGCAGGAUACAGUCGCCCAGCACACCACAUGGUCCCUCGGCCCCCAGUGCCACCUCCUGGUGCCAACGAGGAGAUCCCCGACGACUUCGACUGGGACUUGAUCACUUAAUGCGUCACACAGUGUGGACAUCAGCCCAGGGGGUGGCCAAGUGCGGCAGUGGGCGCGAGGCGGCUGUCUCCCCUCGCCCCGCUUGUACAUAGAUAUAAUCAUCCGUGUUUUUCUCUGUCAGAGAAGCCACCGCAAGAUGCUGCCGAGGGUGCCCUCCCUGCCCCACCUCGUUCUUCUCUCUUCUUUCCUGGUCUCUCCUGAUUCUUUAAUUCUUCUGAUGUUGUUGUUGGUUGUAUGCCGUCUCCUGUCCUGACACCAUAGACCAUGUCCACCCCUUGCUAACUUAAAACCAUCAGGCUAGAAGAUAAGGGCAUGACAGCGGUGAAGAUGUUAAGCUCUGACUUAACUUUCUUCUUGAGGAACGUCGUGGCCUUCCCACCCUGGGGGCCUGAGUUGGUUCCUGUCACUGUUUCAGGUCAGGACUUCGCCCAGCAGCCAUGAAUCAGCAGGCUUUCCUCAGCGGUGCUAAUCCUGCCCUUUGAGCUUUUCCUUGCCCUUGUGUCCCGUCAGUCCUCGCCUCUGACAGCACUCCUUCCCUGUCAAGGGUGAGAGUGUUGAUGGCAGUGCCGGAAGGUCACAGUAAAUGACUCAUGGAACGGGGACUGGCCCGGGUCCAGUAGAACACGGUGGAGAAUGUGUGCGGAAGUGGGUGGACGCCGCCCUGCCGCACAGGCAUCCGCUGCUUUAUUCCUAUCCUAGCCCCUUCUCCAAGAAGGUAGGAUUGGUCCUAGCCCAAACUCUGCUUCUCUGGUAGGGCAUGAGGUCAGCUACUCCCCAUAGGUUCAGCUUCUCAGAAAUGCUUUCAAGUUAAUCAUUUUGGCGUUCCAAGACUUUCCUUUUUUUUCCUGUGAAAAUUCACUGUGGCUGUUUCUUGCAUUCGCAAAUUGUCCUUCAUCUUUUUUCCCUCAUUCAGCAAAUACUGUUUUGUCCUCCUCCGAUGAUGUGUCCAAGUCUUCCACCUGUGUUUACUUUCUGAGAUUGUCAGGAGAGACAAGGUAACUCAUUAUCACUGCAUGUUCCAUCGCGUCCUGGACGCGGUGGGAAUCCUCUUCCCGCUUUCCUGCUGGACUCAUCUUGGUUGGAGGAAGGGCAGGAGAGGAAGAGA